UUAAAAUCUGAAAGAAUAUAAAAGUCAGUGGAAGACCAGAUCUUCUGAUAUGCAAAGAGACUCUCACAGCCAAGAGCUCCGUUAAGGAUCACUGUUCUUCUAACUCCCUUCUACACCUGAAGCUGAAAGACACCAUUUGCCUUCUUAAAUGAUAGGACCAAAAAUUACGGGGUUUCUGCAGUCAGGGUAUGAAGUGUCUGUGGAAGCUCCUCUCGGCCUGUGCCUGUUCCCCGCUGUGCCGCGGUGCCAAAGAUUAGGUUAAGUAGAAACAAAUACACCUUCCUCUCUCGGAGGUGCCGAGAGCUAAACAAAGGGGCACAAAGCAAGUGGAUUCCAGGUGUCACAGUUAUUUUUGCGUGGCACGAAAGAGGAGAGAAACCACUUUCCCAGCUGUGGUUGAUUUUACAUCAAGCUUUUGUGUUGGUGAUAAUAAUCGCAACUCGAGAGGUGGACACGGAAGGGGAGAGGAGAAGGGAGCUGAGCUGCCCUUUGAUGUAAGUUAGAGCCUCUCAGGCUUCCAAGUCAAGGGGCUGUAAGAGGAAAUCACAAAAAAAAAAAAAAUGACUGCAUUCGUGCAAGGUCCUUUAGUGUCUAAACUUCUGAGGAAUCCUAAGUCAACUCUUGCUACUUUCUCCUACUCGUACAGUCACGAAGUUUUAUUUGAAAACAAAUGAAGGUGUCAACGAAUUUCUCUAACUGGACCUCGUGAGUAUUAUUUGACAGCAUCAGCCCUUUUAGAAAGCAAAAAUAAAGGAAAAUAUCUAGGAAAUUAAAGGAAAGGUACCAAAACCCAGGAGGUUGUGAUAUUUUAUAAUAAUACUAAAAUAGUGCUGUUCUUUUUAUAGUAAAACCUGAAUAAAAGUUGCUCGAACCAAAAAUAAGUAGUGCAAGCUGUAUUCUGUUUUCUCCUCCAUUUUUUUUUUUUAAUUCUCUAAGAGGAGGGUUGGGCUGGGCUCGCAGGCACCUGGACGCAUCCCCAGCACACUGUGUGUGCAUUCGCCGCAGAAGCAGCUGAGAUGUCGAUGCUCUGGGACAGCCAUGAGUGCCUGACCCUCAUGGUUUUAACCAGUCUCCAGCACAGAUCCUGCCUCAGCUACCAGGCCGUGCUCAGAACCCCUCAGUGUCCCCUUCCACCUCUGUUUCCCACGGUUGUUCCUCACAGGUCUGUUCUUGAUCCCUCCCUCUUAGCGAGUUUGGUUCUGCCUCUAACCAUCUCAUAGCAAGCUUUGUAUAUUCCUAAAUCCCCCAUAAAACAUCUCGUAAUCUGUUUCUUCUCUCCUGUGAGACUCUUUCUGGUAAUAUAUGAGAAUCUUUAGAACUUUUUUCCCCCUUUAUGGUGUACAAAGCUUCUUGUUGAACCUCUGGAGUUUAUACUUCAAUAAAUCCUUUAAUGGCCCAUUAAUUAGUGUAAUUAGAUCCCUGAUCUUUGCUAUUGUCUCCGUUAGCUCCUCAUUAGCUUCUGUGUAUCUGGGUGCUUAAUUUAUGAGCUCUUGUGUUUGUUUCCUUGCCUUUUGCAUUAACUAGUUGUUGGCCUCAGACAGGAAUAAGAGUGAAGGUUUUACCUCUAAGGUGGGACCUUUAAAAUAUUCCUAACCCUGUGUGGUAACAUUAGAGGGGAAAGGACAUUACACCUUCAAAACAUGAAAACAUUUUACAGCAUUUCGAUGCUUGUGUACGCCUGGGGACAUUUUUCAGGAAUGCGUUACAUAGUGACACACCUUAUCAUGGAUGGCGUGCAGGGGAGAAAACUCUUGUCAGCUAAGGAGAAAAGCACUUUUCACACAGAAAAGUGUUAAAGUGUUAAGUGUCCUUCGGGCGAGAUGUGAUACCCAAUGAGAAAAAAACAACCUUAGGAUGAUGUGCCCUAGAACAGCAUUAUCUUCUAGUGUGACUUCCCUGUCAGCUCUCUGGCACCAGCUCUCAUCUUCAGUAGCUUCUCUGACCCGCCCCAGUUGCUAAUUGUCCUGCGCUGGUUAACAAAUGGAGAAUGAAAACCUCGCAAUGAUUGCCGAGGAAGCGAAUCUUGCAGUGCCUACACAACGUAGAGCCAACCCAAAAGCUGUGUCUGAAGAGUUCGUGGUUGGCGAGCUGGGAUCUGAUACCCAGAGCAGCGACAGCGACCCCGCUUCCAAGCGAGGAGAAUAUUUCCACCGCACCUCUUGGCUUCACUUUGGCACACAGAGCACACAUUCAAGCAGCAAACCCCGAAUCAGGAGGAAAUAUUCCCCCUUCCGACGCUGGGUGGGGGUGUUGGCCGCGGACCGGCGCGUCCCUCGGUCCGCCCCGGCUCUGCAGGCACAGGGAGACAAAAAAACCGUGGAGCUGCUCGGGAAGGAGUCGGAGUACUCGGGAGCUUCCAGAUUCCCUCACCCCAGGAUUGCUGGCAAACACCGCUCCGCUCCGGACACUAUAAAAAUGCUGGGAGCCGCGGAGGACGGCGGAUGGCUUUUUCGGAGAGUGAUGGAGUGUGGGAGACGGAGCGGAGACAGCAAGAGGCAAGUGAUCUUGUUUAUUCUGUGCUUUUGCGUGUGUCAGAGCGGGGCUGAGACCCUCCGCUACUCUCUGCCGGAGGAAAUGGAGAGGGACUCCUUUGUCGCCAACAUUGCAAAGGACCUGGGGGUUCCCGUGAGCCAGCUCGCGGCUCGCAAGGCCCGCGUUGUGUCUGAGGGGAGCGAGCAGCUUUUCCGUCUCGAUCAAAACACCGGAGUCCUGACGGCAAAAGAGUCGCUGGACCGAGAGGAGAUCUGUCCGCAGAGAGACACCUGCACGCUCGUCUUUAAGAUAUUCUUUGAAAAUCCGCUGCAGCUGAUCCGAGGGGAGGUGGAGAUUCGUGACGUAAAUGACAACUCCCCCGUGUUCCCGGAGAAGGAGAUGGUUUUAGAGAUUCCAGAAACAACAUCUCCUGGGUCUCGUUUCCCCCUGGAAAGCGCCCAGGAUAAAGACGUGGGCAGUAACGGUUUGCAGAACUAUAGCCUCGUGUCCAAUGCGCAUUUCUCCCUCGAUUUGGGAACAGGGAAAGAUGGAGUAAAGUACGUGGAGCUCGUCCUACAGCGCCAGCUCGACCGUGAAGAGCAGGGGGAGCUGAAUUUACUUCUCACCGCCAUCGACGGGGGCUCGCCACCCCGGUCGGGCACGGCUCUGAUCCGGAUCGUGGUGCUGGAUGCCAAUGACAACAUCCCUGCCUUUGAUCGAGAGGUCUAUGAGGUGCGCCUGGCUGAGAACAGCCCCCCGGAGCAGCUGGUGGUCAGAGUCGCGGCCGCAGAUCCCGACGAAGGGUCCUAUGGGAAAGUGCGGUACUCCUUCACCCAGACAUCGGAGAGAUCCCGGCAGCUGUUCCAGCUGAACCCGGCCACCGGGGAGAUACGAGUCGCGGGCAACCUGGAUUUCGAGGAGGCGAAAACCCACAAGAUGGUGGUAAAAGCCACUGACGGCGGGGGGCUUUCUGCGCACUGCAAAGUGCAGGUAGAAGUCCUGGACGUGAAUGACAAUGCCCCGGAGAUAGCGCUGACCUCUCUCACCGCCUCCAUUCCCGAGGACGCCCCGCCACGCACCGUGGUGGCUCUCUUCAGUGUGCGGGACCGGGACUCCGGGGACAACGGCAGGACAGAGUGUUCGAUCGAAGGGGACUUGCCAUUCAGCCUCACCCCCACUUUUGAUAAUUAUUACGAACUGAGAACAAACGCGGCGCUGGACAGGGAGAGCACGGCGCAGUAUAACAUCACCAUCACAGCCACGGACUGGGGCAGGACGCGGCUGAGCUCUCGGGAAAACAUCUUCGUGCAGAUAUCGGAUGUGAACGACAAUCCCCCAGAGUUCACGCAGGAGAUUUACACCAUGUCGGUCACGGAGAACAACAGCCCCAUGCUCCGGAUCGGCAGCAUGAACGCCACGGACGCCGACGCAGGAAAAAACGCCCGCGUAAACUACGCGCUGGUGCGGCAGGAGGGCAAGGAGCAGCCCGAGGUGUCAGUCAACGCUGAAAACGGGGAUGUUUAUAUCCUCCGCCCGCUGGACUACGAGAAGGUGCGUGCCUUUGAGGUGUCAGUGCUCGCCAGUGACGGCGGUUCGCCGCCGCUCAGCGCCCAGGCGCUGCUCCGCGUCAUGGUGCGGGAUGAGAACGAUAACGCGCCCGUGGUGCUGCACCCGGCCCCCGACAGCAGCGCGGCGGGAGAGCUGGUGCCGCGCUGGGCACCUUCGGGCUACCUAGUGGCCAAGGUGGUGGCGGUGGACGCGGACGCGGGUCAGAACGCGUGGCUGUCGUACGAGCUGGCCAAGGCGACGGAGCCGGGGCUGUUCCGCGUGGGGCUGCACAGCGGCGAGGUGCGCACGGCGCGGGCCGUGUCGGAGAGGGACGCGCCCCGGCAGAGGCUCGUUGUGCUGGUGCGGGACCGCGGGCAGCCACCGCGCUCCGCCACCGCCAGCCUCGCCGUCGCGCUGGUGGACGGCUUCUCCGAAGCGCAUUUGCGGGUGAGCGAGGAGGCACCGGCCGCUGACCCCGACGGGCCGCUCACCCUCUACCUCAUCGCCUCCCUGGCCUGCGUGUCGGCGCUGUUCCUCGCCACCGCGCUGACCGCCUUGGUGGUGAAGGUGCGGCGGGCCAGGCGGAGGGAGACGGAGACCUUGCCCACGUUCCCGACGAUAGCCACGGAGAGCAGUGCGGGCUCCCUGCCCCGCAGCUACCUGUACGAUGUCUGCUUCGCCGCCGGGACCGUCAACAGCGAGUUUCGGUUCCUCAGACCCCUCUUCCCCUGCUUCCCCGCCGGGCUGCCUCCCGGCCCGGGCGAACAGCGGAGCUCAGUGUGCUCGCAAGAUGUGGCAAACCUCGGGGAGGAAGGCGACUGGGCUGCACAGGGCAGAGCCCCCCUCUCUGAAGACACAGGACCCGGAGCUGCAGAAGCAGCUUGCACUGCAAACGGGGGGCUGGGGUUAAAUGUCACUUCUGAUCAAAACCCUUGGCUCAACCAUCAGUAAAUGAAGAGAGACAAGUAUGUCUGUCCUCCCAGGGAAAAGAGAACGAAGAGACCAAACACCUCCCUAAAAGGUACCAGGGAGAUGAAAGCUUCUCUGUGGGAGAGCAGAAACACUCUCCUCUUGAGCAGUAUUUUAUUUACGUAGGUAUUUUGUAAUUGUGAUGCCAAUGGAGGAGGAGGACUGUGUUGCAUGCUGAUUACACAAUAAUGUAUGAUUGUGAAAGUGCUAUUGCUUCUACAUGUUAAGGGAAAUACUGAAAACUGCAGCAGAUCUUCAGCUUUUUCCUAUGCCAUCUUUUCUAUGGGAUUUUUUUUGUGAGUUUUGUUUGGUUUUAUGGAGAGAGCUCUGUAAUAAUGUCUUAAUUUUUUUCCCUCUGUUCAAUACUAGACCAAACAAAUAUUAAGCAAAACUGAGUGGUGCUUGCAAAGGAAUUUCUUAAUAACAGGUAGAAGCUAUCUGUAUUAGAAAUCACUGGCACUGGCACACUUGGCAGGAGUUUACAGGUUCUCCUUACUGUAAAGAGUGGGCUUUGAGCAAUGUGCUUUUUUUUGUUUUGUUGGGGAGGGUGUUGUUUGUUUUAAUAAGGUAAAAUUUACAUUAAUAUUUAAGGAUUUUUUAGUGUAAACUAGUAGACAAUUAAAAGUACUGCUUGUGGUUUUAGAGUAAAACACUCUGAACUGUUUACAAUUAACUUAGGGCACUGUAGAACAUAGGCCUUCAAGAAGCUUUCUGUUUUCUUUUUCUUCGUUAAUAGGUAUUGAUCUAUAAAGUAAUGUGAUAUUUCCUGUCACCUACACAUUUUUAAGAGUUAGAUGCCUGCUGACAGAAAACAAUAAAAGCUAUUUGAAACU